UUCUUUGGUGGGUGGAAUACAUAAGAAAGCUCCCAAGAAGAAUCCCACCGACGAUUAACACCUAUCCCUCCACAACUUUCCCUCCCUUUUAUACCCUCCAAAACGCCACCCCCCCAAGACAAUAUGCUUUGAUCAUUGUGUGUUACUGUUAAACAUGGGAAACUGUCUGUUUGGAGGCUUGGGGGAGGUUGACGGGGGAGUGAUCAAAGUCGUCACAUCCAACGGAGGAGUGAUGGAGUUCUUCGCGCCAGUAACCGUCGGAUGCAUCACCAACGAGUUUCCAGGCCACGGCAUUUUCAGAAGCCACGACCUCUUCUGGAAGCCACUCUCUCAGCACGAAGAGCUGGUGGCAGGCGAGUCAUACUAUCUCCUCCCCCUCCACGCCACAGACAAAGUUAACAACAACAACACGCACGGCCAGAUCGUCCGGCAAGGCCACAUCCGGUCGAACAGCAUACCGACGACGUCGUUGGCUGCCCCAUACAGGAUGUCGUUGGACUACCAGGGGAUACUGAAGAGGUCUUACACGGAGGUUUUCUCCCGGUACAACAGUGGAAGGUUCUGGAAAGUGAAGCUUGUUAUAAGCCCGGAGCAGUUGCUGGAGAUAUUGUCGCAAGAGGGUCGCACCGAAGAGUUGAUAGAGAGCGUCAGGACCGUCGCAAAGUGCGGUCAUAGCGGGGGGUCGUCUCUGGAGCUUUCAGAUCGGUGGAGCCUCUCAAGCAGCCGGAACGCUUCCUCUAAGAAAGAUGGCUUAUUAGUAGACAUUUAAGCUUUAAUUAAAAUCCAUGACCAUGUCUUCGAUCAUUGCUUUGUAUUAUAUCUAUAUAUGCAAUAUAUAUAUGGUGAUGUAGACAGUUUGAUCAGACUUAGAAUGUGAAAUAGAUCGAUGUUUUGUGGUCAGAGUAUGGAAGACCCCAUGUACCUUAUGUGAAAUGUGAAGUGGAACUACAACUUUCACCACUCCCCCCUCCUCUUUCUUUUCCUUUUUCCUUGACUUCUAUAAUGUGACAAUUAUUCUGAAUAU